AUGUUCUUCUCUUGCGAAGAAGUUCAAACAGGGAAAAUAUACAUCUCUGUGAGUAGAGAGGAGUACCCUGUGCACUCAGGGUCAUUUGGACGGGUGAAAUGUGCAAAAUAUCUGAAAUCCCGGGGCGUUUCACUAGAAGACACAACCCAAGUUCCUCCCCGAGUGGCAAUCAAGAUAUUAAAGAAGGCCAGCAUCAUAAAGUUGAAACACGUUGAUCAUAUACUCAACGAAAAGGCUAUUCUUUUGGGGCUGGAUCACCCACUCACGGUUCGCUGCUUCGGGACCUUUCAAGACCCGCGGUAUUUGUACCUUGUGAUGGAAUUUGUCCAAGGAGGAGAAUUCUUCACUCACCUGCGAAAGAAAAAGCGCUUUGAGAACGACGUGGCGAAAUUCUACGCUUCGAUGAUUGUAGACAUCUUUGACUACCUGCACGCUGACAACAUCAUUUACAGAGAUUUGAAACCUGAAAAUAUGCUUCUUGACCGUGACGGCUACGUCAAGCUCACAGACUUUGGUUUCGCCAAAGUCGUGGAAUUCCGCACGGAUACUCUUUGCGGUACUCCCGAGUACAUUGCCCCAGAAGUGUUGCUCAACAAGGGUGCGUGA